AAGCUCUUCUUCUUCUGCUGCUGUUUUUUAAUCAACAAUAGAUCCAGCCCUUUUCCCUUCCACCCUUCCGAACUCCAAAAAAAUGUCAUCAACCCAGCAAUCCUCUUCAACAAAAAAGCAAACCCUUUUCAUAGCUUCACUUAUAAUCCUAUGGUACUCCUCCAACAUUGGAGUUCUUCUCUUAAAUAAAUUCUUACUUUCCAACUAUGGUUUCAGAUUCCCAAUCUUUUUAACAAUGUGCCACAUGUCAGCUUGUGCUUUUCUCAGUUACGUCUCUAUUGUGUUCAUGAAACUUGUCCCUCUCCAACCUAUCAAAUCCAGGCCUCAGUUCCUAAAGAUUGCGACUUUAAGUGUUGUCUUUUGUGGUUCAGUUGUUGGAGGUAACAUUUCCUUAAGAUACCUCCCUGUCUCUUUUAACCAGGCUGUUGGUGCUACCACACCCUUUUUCACUGCCUUAUUUGCUUACUUCAUGACUUUCAAGAGAGAAGCUUGGGUUACUUAUGCUGCUCUUGUUCCUGUUGUUGCUGGGGUUGUCAUUGCUAGUGGGGGUGAACCAGGUUUUCACUGGUUUGGAUUCAUUAUGUGCUUAAGUGCAACUGCCGCAAGGGCCUUCAAAUCUGUUCUUCAGGGCAUUCUGCUUUCUUCUGAAGGAGAAAAGUUGAACUCGAUGAAUUUGCUACUCUAUAUGUCCCCAAUUGCAGUUCUAGUUUUAGUGCCUGCAGUACUUAUAAUGGAGCCCAAUGUGUUAGAAGUCAUCUUAUCCCUUGGAAAACAACACAGAUACAUGUGGCUGCUUCUUUUCAUUAAUUCAACAAUGGCAUAUUCAGCCAACUUGUCAAACUUCUUGGUGACUAAACAUACAAGUGCAUUAACACUCCAGGUGUUAGGCAAUGCAAAAGGUGCUGUGGCUGUUGUCAUCUCAAUACUUCUGUUCAGAAAUCCUGUAACAGUUGUGGGCAUCGGUGGUUAUACAAUGACUGUCCUUGGUGUUGUUGCUUAUGGAGAAGCAAAGCGUAGGUUUAGAUAAAUGACAUGUCACGUCACAUUUUACCGAUAUGAAUUCAAUUUAGUGGACUUGGGAAUGUUGUGUUUUCAUGAAAGAGUAUAGUGAGAUUUAAAGGGCAGAUUCCUAGUGAAUAUAGUAUUUUGUAGAGUGCUUUAAUUGCCUACACAUGCAUACCUUCCCUUGUAUUGUGUUCUUACCCUUAUUUAUUUGGGACCUUCCCAUUUUUAGCUUCUUCCAGUGUGGUUAAUGUUAAGAGGGAAAUAUGUGUUUUCCAUCAGCUCCCUCCCAUGUUACCUAUAAUAGUUUAUGUAAUUGAAGAAUUCUUUCUCUCGUAA